AUGUCUGCCCCUGGAGCCGGUCACCAAUUCCCCGCCAAAGCUGUCUCAUGGCAGAAGCGCGAUGUGCUGCUAUUCGCCAACAGCAUUGGCAUCAAGGCUGAUGAGCUGCACUUCCUUUAUGAGCUUCACCCCAAUUUCUCCGUCUUCCCGACCUACCCCUUGAUCUUGCCCUUCAAGCUCACCGACCAAGAGGUCACUAAUUUCUAUGCGCGCCAGCAAGCCGUCCACAUUCCCGGUGUGCCCGACCUGGACCACCGCCAUGGAGUCGAUGGCCAACGCAAGCUCACCGUAUUGAAGCCCCUCCCUCCCACGAGCGAGGGUCGCAAGUUCGAGCUCCGGAACAAAGUCAUCGGAGUCUAUGACAAGGGCAAGCCUGGCACCGUCAUUGAGACCGAGCAAUCCAUUGUGGAUGCCGAGACCGGUGAAGUGUAUAAUACCGUCCUCACCAGCGGCUUCUUGGUGGGCCAGGGUGGCUGGGGUGGUCCCAAGGGACCCAGCACCGUCAACUUCGCCCCACCCCAGGGCAAAGCUCCCGAUGCUACUCACGUUAUCCAGUCGAACAUGGAAACCGCCCAUUUGUACCGUCUAAACGGCGACUAUAACCCUCUGCACGCCACCCCCGGACCAGGCCAGAAGAUGGGAUUCGGCGGAAUCAUCAUCCACGGCCUGUUCAGCUGGAACUCUGCUGCGCACGGCAUCCUGCGCGAGUUGGGUGGUAGCAACCCGGCUAACCUGAAGGAGUUCCAGGCUCGUUUUGCCUCGCCUGUGAGACCUGGUGAUAAGCUUACCACUGAGAUCUGGCGUAUGGGGAAUGUGCAGGAUGGAUUUGAGGAGAUUCGCUUUGUCACGAAGAAUGAUAAGGGUAAGGUUGUUUUGAGCAAUGGACGUUGCUUGUUGAAGGUUGUUGGGGCGAAGAGUAAGCUGUGA